AUGAUGCAGCAAGAGCGCCAUUUUGGAGGCGGACAGCAGCCCUCACCAGGCCUGUUCCUCAUCAAACCAGGAGGCCUCCCGGAAGCCCAGGAGGGCCGGGCACUGCUUCUGGUGGUUCUGAAGGGUACUGGUCUCCUCUGCUCCAGCUGCCAGAGCAGAACGCCGCAGACCAAGUGGCUUCAGCGAAAGCUGCUUUCUCACUGUCCUGGGGGCUGGACGUGCCAGAUGCAGGUUGGUGGUUCUUCAACAGUAGAACUCGGCAAUUCUCCCAGGUAUAUGUGUGCAAAAGAGUUGGAGACGGGUAUUGAAAGGGAACUUGUGCGAGUGCACUGGCAGCACGAGUCCCGGUUCCCAGAAGGGGACGAGGAGGGAGGAAGAAUCGUCAUGGACAAACCCGCUUCACCCUGGAAGAGCAUAUUUUGGCCAGAUGACAAUGACUAUUUCUAUGACGUCACCCAAAGAAGCCAGAGGCUGAUACCAUUCUUGAGUCCCCAGACGGGCCCCGAGUCCAGGCCGCACACGGUGGUGCUGCACGGUGCUGCGGGCGUUGGGAAGACCACGCUGGCCAAGCGGUGCUUGAUGGACUGGACGGAGUUCAGGCUGGGUCCCCUGCACUGCGCCUUCUACCUCAGCUGCAGGGAGCUCAACCACAUGGCCCCGUGCACCUUCGCGGAGCUGAUCUCCAAGGACUGCCCCGAGCUGCAGGAGGACGUCCUGGAGGUCCUGGCCCAGGCGGAGAGCGCCCUGUUUGUGGUGGACGGCUUCGACGAGCUGAGGGUGCCGGCGGGGGCGCUGACCCACGACACCUGCAGCGACUGGAAGCAGCAGAAGCCGGCGCCCAUCCUGCUGAGCAGCUUGCUGAAGAGGAAGAUGGUGGCCAAGGCCACCCUGCUGGUCACCACACGGUCCGGGGCCCUGCGGGAGCUCCUGCUCCUAGUGGAGCAGCCGCGACUGGUGGAGGUGGAGGGCUUCUCGGAGGGCGACAGGGAGGCCUGCUUCCUGAGACACUUUGAGGACCAGGACCAGGCGCGGCGAGCCCUGGAUGCCGUGAGGCGCAACCCGGUGCUGUUCAGCCUGGGCUCGGCGCCCGCUGUGUGCCAGCUGCUCUGCACGUGCCUGAAGCUCCAGAUGCAGCGCGGGGAGGACCCCAACCUAUCUUGCCAGACCACCACGUCGCUGUUCCUGAGGUUCCUCUGCGGCCAGUUCACGCCGGCACCUGGUGCCCAUCCCCAGUGCCACCUGCGAGAACCGCUGGAGGCCCUAUGUCUCCUGGCUGCCCAGGGCCUGUGGACACAGCUGUCCCUGUUUGACAGAGAAGACCUGGGGCGACUCGGGGUGGAGGAGGCUGACCUCCAACCCUUCCUGGAUAGGUGUGUCCUCCAGAGGGACAGGGACUGCGUGGGCUGCUUCUCCUUCGUCCACGUCAGUGUGCAGCAGUUCCUGGCAGCCAUGUUCUACGUCCUGAGGUGCCCGGGGGAGGACGAGUGGCCGGGCUCGGGGUGGGACAUCAGGGGCGUGCAGGAGCUGUUCUCCAGGGAGGCCCGAGCAAGGAACCCCCUGCUGGCCCAGGCCGGCCGCUUCCUGUGGGGCCUGCUGAGUGCGGCCAGGGUGUGGGAGCUGGAGGCCGCUUUCGGCUGCCAGACGUCCUCGGAGGCCAAGCAGGAGCUGCUGAAGCACACAUCAGAGCAGGAGCAGCCCGUGCUGUGGGCGGUGGGCCUGCGGGAGGUCUUCCACUGCCUCUACGAGUCUCAGGAGGAGGAGCUGGUGAGCGAGGCCACGGCCACCCUGCAGGAAGCGUCCCUGCACCUGACGAGCAGCCGGGACCUCGUGCACUGCUCCUUCUGCCUCCGGCACUGUGGGGACCUGCAGAGGCUCUCGCUGCAGGUGGCCAGGGGGGUGCUCCCGGAGGAGGAGGCCGCGCUGGAGCCUGAUGCGCAGGACGGAGGGUCCCGGCAUGAUCAAAACCCGCUUCCUUUCUGGACAGACCUCUGUUCCAUGUUCAGCUCCAGCAAGAGCUUGGUCUUCCUGGACAUCAGCCAGAGCUUCCUUGGCGGCCUGUCUGUGAGGACACUCUGUGACCAGAUGGCCUCUGCCACCUGCUGUCUCCAGAAAGUGGUCCUUAAAGAUAUUUCCCCGGCUGGUGCUUAUCAGAACUUCUGCCUCGCUUUGAGAGGCCACAAGACCCUAACACAGCUUAUCCUUCAAGUCGGCGAGCAGAACGAUGUGCUUCCCUCGUUGUGUGAGGUUUUGAGUCAUCCAAAAUGCAAGCUGCAAUGUCUCAGGCUGGGGCCCUGUUCUGCCCCCGCCCAGCAGUGGGCGGGCCUCUUCCUGGCCCUCCAAGCCAACCACUCCCUGACGUGCCUGGACCUCUCGGACAGCGAGCUGCAGGACGGGGGCGCCAAGCUGCUGUGCUCGGGGCUGAGGCACCCCAAGUGCCCCGUGCAGAGGCUGUCGCUGGAGAACUGCCACCUCACGGAAGCCUGCUGCAGCGACCUCUCUGCCACUCUGAUCGUGGGUCAGAGGCUGACCCACCUGUGCCUGGCCAAGAACGACCUGGGGGACGGCGGGGUGAAGACCCUGUGCGAGGGCUUGCGCUACCCCGAGUGCCGCCUGCAGGUGCUGGUGCUGUGGCGCUGCGGCAUAACCAGCGAGGGCUGCGUCCACCUCUCCACAGUCCUCAGCCAGGAGUCCAGCCUGACGCACCUGGACCUGGGGCUGAACCACAUCGGGGUGGUGGGCCUGCGGGCUCUGUGCGGGGCUCUGAAGGCACCGCCCUGUGGCCUGCGGUGUCUGUGGCUGUGGGGCUGCUCCCUCACUCCCUUCAACUGCAAGGACCUCUCAUCCACCCUCAGCAGCAACCGCAGCCUGGUCACCCUGGACCUGGGCCAGAACUCCCUGGGCUUCGAAGGGAUCAAGCUGCUGUGUGAGGCCCUGAAACUUGAGCAGUGCCCCCUACGGACGCUCAGGUUGAAAAUAAACGAAUCCGACGUGCACCUCCAGAAUCUGCUGCAGGAGGUCAGGAAGAGCAACCCGCAGCUGACCAUCGACGGCAGCCGGCAAGAUCCCGGGAAGAGCAGACCUUCUGCUGACGAUUUCCUUUUCUGACCUCGCUGCACCCAAGUCGCUCACCCUCCCGGAGUCGCGGGGUGUCGGGUACUUCCCGGAGCCUCCUGGGGGACGGGCAUCUGCCGGGCUGGACAUCCCCGAGGCCCUCGCCCUGCUCUGGUGUGCACAGGGCACGCCCAGCUCACUGGCCCCGUGCGUGUGAAGCGUUGGUGUCACGGUGUGUGGACAGGAAUAAAGGUGAAGGCAUU